CCCACCACGCGCCUCCCGCGCUCGCGCUACUACCCUCACCUCCCCCACACCCAAAUGCUCCUCCUCUUCCUCCCCCACCCUUCCCCACCUCUCCUCCCCCCCGCCGCCUCGAGAACCCGACCCCCGCCGCGCCUCCUCCUCCCUCCCAUCCACGCCUCCCCCUCGCCGGAGCUCCUCGCCAAGUCGGCUCUCCGCCGCAUCUCCGACAAGCUCCGCAGCCUCGGCUACCUCGAGGCCGACCACCCGGAGGCGGCCCCCGGUCCGGCGGCGCCGGAGGCGGGCGCCGGCGCGUCCCCCGGCGAGAUAUUCGUUCCCACGCCGGCCCAGCUCCCGCGCCACCGCGUCGGCUCCACCCUAGACCCGAGCUGGGCCACGGGCGAUGGGGAGGGGGCCGCCGCGUCUCGCCGCAGGAGGCGCGGCGGGAGGGAUAGUAGCGCCGCGGCGUCGGCGCCGCCGUCCGCCGCGGAGCUGGCGCUGCCGAGGGACGAGCUGCGGCGGCUUCAGGGGGCCGGGAUUCGGCUGCGGAACAGGCUCAAGGUCGGGAAGGCCGGGGUGACGGAGGGGAUCGUGAACGGGAUACACGAGCGGUGGCGCAACGCGGAGCUCGUGAAGAUCAGGUGCGACGACGUCUCCGCCAUGAACAUGAAGCGCACGCACGAGAUUCUCGAGAGAAAAACUGGAGGCUUAGUCAUUUGGAGAUCUGGAAGCACCAUCAUAUUAUAUAGAGGAACUGACUAUAAGUAUCCUUACUUCCAUGAUAGAGAAAUGAAGAAUGACAUGGAUGAGUCAUCAGAGCAUACAAGUUCUGAUGACGAGGACGCGGAUCUUGCUAUAAUAGCUUCCGAACAAAGUGGCAGUGAAGAGGAUUCUGAUAAUCCUGCAGAACAUGGUAGCAAUCAUACUGAGGAGGGCGAUGAUCUUACUAGACGGUUUGGUGUUGAUGCGCUUGAGGGAAAUUUAGACAUUGGAUCUGCAGAGCAAAGCAUUAACAGUGCUACAAAAGAUCAGCAAGCAAUAUUACAUACAAGCACUAAUGUGUCUCGUCCUAGCGAGAUCAGUGGUCGAGCUCGGUCAACCUUAGUUGCUGGUGUUGGUUCUCCAAAUAAGUUUCGGUUACAAUUACCUGGGGAGGUCAAACUCGCAGAGGAAGCUGACAAAUUAUUGGAUGGGUUGGGUCCACGGUUUUCUGAUUGGUGGGGGUAUGACCCUCUUCCAGUGGAUGCUGAUUUGUUGCCAGCAAUUGUUCCUGGAUACCGUAGGCCUUUUCGUCUGCUUCCUUCAGGAGUACCACCGAGGUUAACUGAUAGAGAAAUGACAAUCCUUAGGAGACUAGCUCGUCCCCUACCCUACCAUUACGCACUUGGACGAAGUAGUAACCUUCAAGGGUUGGCUGCAUCUAUGAUCAAACUAUGGGAAAGAUGUGAGGUAGCAAAGGUUGCAAUUAAGAGAGGUGCAGAGAACAUUGAUAGUGAUCUCAUUUCUGAGAAACUGAAGGGCUUGACAGGUGGGACCCUUUUAUCAAGGGAUAAUGAGUCAAUUGUAUUCUACAGAGGGAAAGAUUUCCUGCCCACAGCUGUCUCUCUUGCAAUAGAAAAGCGUAGAAAGUAUGGCAAUUCUACAAUCAGUAACCCUAAGCUUAAUUUUGACAAAAGCACACCGCAAAAUUCUUCUAAACUGAAGAUGGCUACUGAUGUCUCACUAGAUGGGCAUGAAUGCUAUGAAAAGAAGCAUAAAGAUGAAACUGCAGUUUCAGAUAAUAGAGCAGAAUCUCUUAAUGUGUUUGCCCAGAAUGUUGAGGCCAGAUUAUCUCAGGCAAUUGCAGAGAAAGAGAAGACUGAAAAGCUUAUUGAAGAGCUAGAAAUGUCGUCUGAGCCUUCUAGAGCUGAAACUAGAGAGGUUAUCUCAGAAGAGGAGAGGUACAUGUUGAGGAAAGUUGGUUUAAAGAUGAAAUCAUUCUUAUUGCUAGGAAGGAGAGGAGUUUUUGAUGGAACUGUUGAAAAUAUGCACCUUCACUGGAAGUACCGAGAACUUGUCAAAAUUAUAUGUAAAGAACACAACAUUAAAGAUGUUGAAUAUGCUGCUCGAACUCUAGAGGCUGAGAGUGGUGGUAUAUUGGUGGCAGUGGAAAGAGUGAGCAAAGCACAUGCAAUUAUAAUAUAUCGGGGAAAGAACUAUCAGAGGCCAUCAACUCUCAGGCCAAAAUCUUUGUUAAAUAAAAAGGAUGCUUUGAAGCGUUCUGUGGAGUAUCAGCGUUAUAAGUCCCUGAAGCUUCAUGUGCUUAAUCUUUCAAAGAAUAUAGACUACUUGAAGGAUCAGAUGUUUUUUAAACAAAUGGAGGUUCAACCUGUUACUCCAACUAAUGGAAUGAACUCAGGCCACCACAACCAAGGCAUUCUUGAUCUCAAUGUUAAUUCUGGAACAUUAGUGGACAAAAAAGAAGAAGUGUCUGAAGUUCUUCCUGAGUGUGCCAAGUCAGUGGUUGUAGAGUGUUCUUCAGGUGAAAGUGAAACAGAGGGAACCUCAGUUUUAACCAAAUCUGGAGUUCCCUUGGAUGUUAUGCAGAACAAGUUGUUAUGUUUCAGCAAGCAUACAGAUGAUCUGUCUGAAACUACAAGUUCCUGUCUGACUGAGAGUACAAGUACUUCAUCUGAGAGUACACACCAAAGUCCACUUAGUUCUUCUGUGAUGCACAAUUCAGAUAGUCACAGAGUAAGUGGCUCAAAAUUUGUAGGAACCCUUACACCUGUACACGAGCUGAAAUUGGAUGAGAAAUCUUCUCAGUUGCCUUCCGCAGCUGCUCCACUUUCAAACCGAGAAAGGCUCAUGCUAAGGAAGCAAGCUCUGAAAAUGAAGAAACGGCCAGUACUCGCUGUUGGGAGGAACAAUGUCAUCACAGGAGUCGCAAAAGCAAUAAAAACACACUUCAAGAAGCAUCCUCUUGCUAUUGUGAAUAUCAAGAACCGAGCAGACGGAACUCCAAUUCAGCAGUUGAUUUCAGAACUAGAGGAAGCAACUGGAUCGGUUCUAGUGUCGCGGGAGCCCAACAAAGUGAUUUUGUACAGGGGUUGGGGAGCAGAUGUGGCCCAGAAUAGCUUAAGUGGAAAUAAUAGUACAGAACAAGUUGAAAAGGAGGUGAUAUCACCUCAGCUCCUGGAAGCCGUCAGAUUAGAAUGUGGAUUACACCCUGGUGAAUCAGAGUAGAUGGAUCUCUAGAUCCUGUAGAUGGAUUAUCUUCAUCGAAUUGCAGUUGGUGAAGUUGUGCUCGCGCCUUCAAUGUCCAGAUUGCGUUUUCCCUCGUCGUUUCUGACCACAGUUUUCUGGUUGGCCUCCUCUUGACACAGCCCGUUGACGCGCUGUUCAAAUUGGAAUGUAGACACGAACAUUGUUUUAUCUGUAGUGUCUCCUUGUCACCUUCCUUUGUAAAUCUAAAACAUCUGAAAGGCCUAACUGGAUAAAUAUUCCUGCAACCUAAAAUGGGAUGUCAGUGUCCGGCAAACACUAGUGAUGUUAUGCCGGAAUCUGGCAAAAAGUUGUGAAA